AUGCCGCGGAGGCGCUGCGCUGCGUGUGGGGAGCACGAGCACGAGCACGAACACGAACACGAACAUACACACACGGUCACGUCCAGGCAGCUUGGUCUUGAAACACGCCCUUCCCGCACUUACGAACAACUGCACCCUUGGCCUUGUCGCUCCAAACUCUACGCCCCUUCCACGAACCUGCCCUUCCCCGCCGCCACCAUGAAGGUCGUGUACAUUGGUAUCUUCAACAACGAGGCCAAGCCUGCCGUCGAGCUGACAUGCGAACGCGAACUCUCGUCCUACGGCCGCUUCACAAGAGGCAGCAUCUCCGAAUUCUUGACCUUCUUCGCCGGUGAAGUCGCCCAGCGAACAAGGCCAGGCCAGAGGCAGGACGUCGAGGAGAAGGAGUACACAUUCCACGCCUACGGCCGCACAGAAGGAAUUUGCGGCAUCGUAAUCACCGACGACGAGUACCCCACCAUUGUCGCCCACCGCGUCCUCUCCAAGAUUGUCGACGAGUUUGUCACAAAGUACCCCCGAACCGCCUACGCAAACUUCGCCAAAGGCUCACCCCAGCUCAGCUUCCCCGAGCUCAAGCAGUACAUCACGCAGUACCAGGACCCGGCCCAGGCAGACAGCAUCGUCAAGAUCCAAAAGGAGCUCGACGAGACCAAGAUUGUCCUGCACAAGACCAUCGAGAGCGUGCUAGAGCGCGGCGAGAAGAUUGACAAUCUGGUCGCCAAGAGUGACGGCCUGAGUGCGCAGAGCAAGAUGUUCUAUACCCAGGCGAAGAAGCAGAAUUCUUGCUGUCUCGUCAUGUAG